UUAACUUUUUUUUAAGUCACAGUUUUUUCCGAUCAUUAUCUCUCUCUCUCUCUCUCUCUCUCUCUCUCUCUCUCUCUCUCUCUCUCUCUCUCUCUGAGCUAAUCGUACACACAAAAUCUGGUUCAAGAACUAGGGUUUUCAGGAAAAACUUGCUCCGCCUUCGAUCAAGAAUAUAUGCAAGAAACGGCGUUAGGUAUGAUCGGAGCCACAGUAGGUGGAGGAGACAGAGAGGCAGUCUUAGUAGUGGAGCAAAAUAGACAGAUGAAAGGAGAGAUAGCGACACAUCCCAUGUACGAGCAAUUAUUGGCUGCCCAUGUGGCAUGUCUGAGAGUAGCGACUCCGAUCGAUCAGCUUCCAAUAAUUGAAGCUCAGCUUUCUCGCUCUCAACAUCUUCUCCGAUCUUAUGCUUCCACAGCCGUUGGAUUCUCGCAUCAUGAUCGUCACGAGCUCGACAAUUUCUUGGCACAAUAUGUGAUGGUGUUGUGUAGCUUCAAAGAACAGCUGCAACAACACGUGAGGGUUCAUGCCGUCGAAGCUGUGAUGGCUUGCCGUGAAAUUGAGAACAACCUCCACUCUCUCACAGGAGCGAUAUUAGGAGAGGGGUCUGGUGCCACGAUGUCCGAAGACGAGGACGAUUUUCAGAUGGAUUUUUCAUUGGAUACUUCCGAUCUCAGCUGCGGCCAUGAUAUGACGGGAUUCGGUCCAUUGCUUCCGACUGAAUCAGAAAGAUCUCUUAUGGAAAGAGUCAGACAAGAACUUAAACUCGAACUCAAACAGGGUUUUAAAUCGAGAAUUGAAGAUGUAAGAGAAGAGAUAAUGAGGAAAAGAAGGGCUGGGAAGUUACCUGGGGACACAACCACUGUCUUGAAAAAUUGGUGGCAACAACAUUGCAAGUGGCCUUACCCUACUGAAGAUGACAAGGCAAAAUUGGUAGAGGAGACCGGAUUACAGUUAAAGCAAAUCAACAAUUGGUUCAUUAAUCAACGCAAGAGGAAUUGGCACAACUCUCAUUCCCUCGCUUCCUCGAAGUCCAAGCGCAAACACUAAUUCUUGUUACUAAGUAGUAUAUAAUUGCCACUACAUUUUCAUACUAAUUACAUUGCUUUACAAUGCAUGCAUGAUAUAUACAGUUCAUGUUACUUGGUAAUAAUGAGGUGUGCUCAUUAAUAGAGAAAAUUAUAUGUAGACAUACUUUUCGAAUAUUGGUUUACACUACUAGGUA